AGGCCCGGGAGGAGAGUUGGGGACCACCCCGCGGCGACACUCACGAUGACGGAGAUGACGGCGAAGCAGAUGAGAGGCCCAGCUACAGAGACCGCCGCUCCCAACAGAGACGAGGGGGGUUGGAGGAGAGGGGUCGACGACAGCAGCAGCUGGAGGGAUUCACGCCGAGAAGACACAGACCGAGACCGCGAUGACCGUCGUGAACGUGACGAUCGCCGUGACCGUGACGAUCGCCGUGACCGUCCGGGACAGGGAUCGCAGGGAUUGACCUGCGAUCAUAGAGGCCCGUCGAGAGAACAAGAGGACGGCGGCGGUUCAUGGCGUCGCGGAGGUGACGAUAAGCGAGAGGAGGGGACAGAGACCGACCAGAGAGCGGGAACGUGAGCGGGACCGGGGAUCGUGACGCCGACGGAGGAAAAGGGCUGGCGUACCGAUAAAGAAAACCCACGGCGCACAAAGAACGAGACAGACGACGACGGAUGGACAACCGUCCGCCGCUGAGUCCCAUCAGCACCAAAGGCUCAUGUAAAGAUGACAUAUUAAACACAUACUCUCUAAUAUCUCAUCUGCCGUUCUGCUUCAGUGGUGAAUUAAAGGUUACAGGCUUCUGAUUGAUUCUUGUGCAUUUUCCCUUUUGAAUUAAGUAUUUGUAGACUGUAGUUUUCUCCUUUUACCUCCAGCAGUUUGAUGCAGAGGCCCAUCACCACUCAAACACCAUAAAUUAACAAACUUGUGUGCACGUUCGGAUCUGUCCUGAUGCAGCCGGUGGCGUCGACCCAGGCGGCAAAAUGUACAGAUAGAGCCUUUAUUAACAAAUAAACAUGUUUGCUCCUCA